AUGCCGCCGCCAGAGUCCUCUGCUCCCGCGGCUGCCGAGCCCAAAUUUGGAGCAUAUUUUGAUGCGUGGAAUAGCUCUUCAACGGGGCACCAGCGAGCGGAGAACCGUCUAGGAGGCUCAACAGGAUGGAGGCAAUCACGGGCAAGCAAACUCUCCUAUCAAUUCAAAAGUGGUGGGACCGGCGGCCCGCGAAUUUCAGACCAAGUUGGGGCUGGUUCUGAGAACUGGGACGAGAAAGCCAAGGCGUUGAUACCCAAAGAUGUCAGGGAAAGGGCAAAGAUAUCCGUGGAGGAUAUGCUUACGGGGGAAAGCAAGAUGACCAUGACCAAAGAAGAGAAGGUGAUGGCCCAAAGGAAAAAGGAAGACGAUUUGAAAGAAGAAGAGAAGUUGAAUCGAAAGAAGGGGAUUUUUGAUGGACUUGUGAUCUAUGUCAAUGGCAGCACUUAUCCAUCAAUAUCGGACCACAAACUCAAGCAUGUCCUGGCCGAAAAUGGUGCGAGGAUGUCGUUGCAUCUUGGAAGGAAGCAAGUUACCCAUGUCAUUUUGGGUAAGCCAUCUGGGGCUGCAGGAAUUGGAGCUGGUGGUGGACUGUCAGGUACAAAAAUUGAGAAAGAAAUACGAAGAGUAGGAGGUUGUGGAGUGAAGUAUGUUGGUGUUGAAUGGGUACUUGAGAGUCUAAAAACUGGGAAGAGGCUACCGGAGGCUCAAUUUCAGAAUCUCAAGGUCGCUGCAAAACGGCAGCAGAGCGUUUACGGAAUGUUCAAGAAGACAAACAGCGUGAGUCGUCCGGAUCUGAGACCUAACGAGCUUUCCGAGACUCGUAUCGGAGAGUUUUCGCCUCAUGAUCUGGCGUAAUGUCUCGGGGUCGUGUGUAUUUCUAAGUCAUUAUGCAAGUUUCUGGUUGGGUUCAUGUCAACGGAUGGCUGCUUGGUUGGGGUCUGGGAUGAAAGCAUGGAAAGGAAAUGGAAGCAUUGGGAGCGUGGACUGGAAGCAUAUUGCAUGGUCGGUAGCAUAAUUCGAUUUCUGUAACCACUACAGAAGUUAUGGACUUACGAGAAAAAGAAUUCACGACGAGUACUUUGCAGCAUUACUCUCCCAGCUUGAAAAAAU